AGAGGAGCAGAGGUCUGGGUGCCUGCGGCACGCACGCUGCUCCGCGGCGCGUCCCAGGGAAGGCUCGCCGGGCCCCGCGGCGCCGGGCCGAGGAGGGGGCCUGCUCCGGCAUGGAGCUGAUGGUUCUGUGCAACGCUCUGGUUACGCGCCUGCUCUUCGUUUUACACUCUCUCAUCGGGGUCUGGAGGGUGACUGAAGUGAAGAAAGAACCCAAGUACUGGCUGCUGGCACUGCUCAAUCUUCUCCUGUGCCUGGAGACGGGGCUCACCCUCAAGUUUAAGCAAGGCAGAGGCUACAAAUGGUUUUCACCAGCAAUAUUUUUAUAUCUGAUUUGCAUAGUACCAUCAUUAUGGCUACUAGAAAUUCAUCAUGGGACUCAGUAUUGCGGUAACGAGCCUGGAGCAGUUCAGGUGAAUGUCAGCAACCAAGACUUCAAUCAAUCCAGAGACAGUAGUUACAGAAGUGAGGGAACAGACCACCACAUAAUUCAGACGGCUAAAGUCUUUGUCAAUCAGCUCUCGACAAUCUGUGAGACUGUAUGGACACUGGCCCUCCACCAGACUUUUCUACUGCUACUAGUAAUUGGUAGAUGGCUUCUCCCCAUUGGGGUUGAGAUCACCCGGGAUCAAUUGUCUCAGCUGCUCCUCAUGUUUGUGGGAACAGCAGCAGAUAUACUUGAAUUUGCUAGUGAAACCCUGGACAUCGAAGACGUACGGAAGAACUAUGCUCUCAUUAAUGCCAUUCUUGCUGUAUGGACCUGGAGUAUGUUACAGUUUCCACUUGAUCUUGCAGUACAGCAUAUUGGCUGCAAACCAACCCCAUCAGCCAGGCGAAUCCCCAGCUUGCUGCUGUGCAGGUACAGUGCAGAACUGUGGAACAUUGGGGUCAGCCUCUUCAUACAGGAUGGUCCCUUCUUCAUUGUCCGUUCAAUCCUGAUGGGCCACUUCAGAAUAUUCAAUCAGAUGCUGGUGUUUUUUACAGCUAAGAAUAUCUUAGUUGUGACCCUACAAUUGUAUCGCUUAAUGGUGAUAACAUUAGACUUUCGUGCUACCUUGCUGCAGAAGAGCAGGAAAGAAGUCAAUUGUUGCCCAUGUGAGCCUUAUGAAGCUUGUAGUCAUGAUGCUGCCAACCAGGAUACUGAAUUGAAAAAGUGCAUUGCUUUUCCUGCAAAAGAGGAGUCUGAAGCUCCAUUAGAAGAUCAGUGAGCACAGCUACUGAGUCAGAAGAGGUUGCGUUUCCCACAGCUUCUUUGAAAGGGCUUAGUCUGUUUCUAUGCUCAAACAGACCUUGAGCAUCAUUUCCAUUUCUGCCAUCAAGAGAUCAAUGACUUCUUCUAAAGCAUAGGGGGGAUUUCUGAAGCAAGGUCGAACUGGGACAUUUUAUGUCCUCCUACUGGAUUUUAGUGGGUUUUGACUAGAUCUCUUUUGUAUUACCCACAGGGAUUUUGUGGACAUAGUUUGUAGUCACAAGAAAGAUUUGGCAUGCUAACAAAGUUGGUUAUUAUCUUUGGUGGUACAGCACUAACAUAUGUAUUCACGUAUAUUCACAUAGAACGACAAGCCUAUCCCAUAACAGGAAAUACAAAAGCAUUUAGCUUUGCUUCCAUGGUUAGGCUGUAACUAGAAGCAGUUAACGACAUGUUCUCCAGGCACAGGAAUAACCUCAGCAGUGACAACUGCACAGACAUGCAAGUGAAAGCAGAUGAUAGAUUUCUGCAUUUCUUGAAUGAACAAUGUUUAGAUGUCAUAGUAACAGCAGAAAAGGUUUCUUUGGAUGUUACCUCAUCCUUGGCUGGAUUCGGUCAAAAAACUAUGCAACACAAGGAAAUAGCAUGCACAAAACCUUCUCUCAGGGCACACAUGGUCUGAAUAAUCUAAGCCUUUCUGUGAAGAGGGGAGGAAAAAUAAAGUUAGUCCCACAGAUCAUUACAAGACAACUGCAUCUGCCGUACAGGUAUUUUCUAGAGGUACUUGCCUUUCUAUUUCUACUGUCAGAAAACAGGUGUAAAGAUCUUUUUCAACUGCAAAUCCUGUGAAGCAGGAGAACAAAAGUUUUUUAAGAUGUCUUCAUUUUAACUGUUUUUUGUUGUUGUUGUUUUUUUAAAUGGGCCAACUCAGGCUUACAAUCUAACCGGAAAGAAAAUGGCAUCGCUAGGGUUUGACAAGACAAUCUAGACAAAAGGAUUCUGGAUUGUCCUUCACAUUUCAUAAAGCACCAGAGUCCCAUGUAUUCAGUUCAGUGAUUAUCUGCUCUUCUGAGUGUUAAGAUCCAUUUUUAAGAAAUGGUUGAUAGUUAUGCAUUUAUGUCUUUCACAUUUGGAGUGAAUUUUACACAUUUUACAUCAGUGUGAGACCACUGACCUUGCUGGGCUUAGUCUUGAAUUACAGAAGUUUAAAGUAAAACAUGUGAUUUUUAAAAGUCUGUCUAAAUAUGCUUGCAGAUGCUUUUAAAGUUUUCUGCACUGAUUUGGAAAAAAUGCAAAGAAACAUAAUUAAAAAGAAAUCUAGUAGAGUGACCUAAUUUUAGUUCUGUUGGUUCUGUUAAGUUCUAAGAUAAUUCUGUUAAAAUUUCCCAAUUAAACCUUAUUUCCUAAAGCCCCAGCUCUCUGAAGACAGGAUCUGUUUUUAGGAAUGCAUAAGAAUGUUCCUGCCUUUGCUGCAAGGGUCACACUCAUUUAUCAAAAGCUGAAUAAGCAGUGACAUGUUAAUUCUUUGAAAGAUGGAAGUGAAACCUAUUUAAAAAUUCCAACCCCCGACAUGAACCUCUGCUUAUAUUUGUGAACUGCUAAACCUUGUGAUCAGACCCUUCCAUUAUGUCUGUCCGUGUUCUGCCUUCAUAAAGAGGGCAAAAAAUUUCAUACACCACCUCGCCCAUUCUGCCAUUUACCUUUAGUAAUAACAUGCAACACCUCCUGCUCUUCUCCUUUUGGGCUGCUAUCCAGUAAAAAUAAAAAUAAAAAAGCCAAUGAUCAUUUGCAAUGUUGUUGUGAGGUGGACAUAUGGAGAGUGGAAUGAAACUUCAUUUGGGAUGAGGUAAAAGACUAGAGAGCUGCUGCCAGCCAGCUGUAUUGUCUAAAACCUUUCACACUGAGGUGAAUUUAGAAUCAGCUGGCAGGGCUGUAACACCUCUCUUUCUUUUUGGUGCAAGCUGGGACCACUCACAUUCAUUCUGAGUUUACCACUUGCUGAUAGACUAAUUAUCCUGUUAAAAGGAUCCUUGUUAGUUAAUUUGGAGAAUGCUGAGCUUCCUAGAACAUCAUUCCAAAUUCAUGAGCACAAUAAUUGCAGGACAUACUUUUUUGAACUUGCUAUUUAAAGGCUUAGCUCAGCAACAAAUUGCAUACCAGGCUGCUGGCCUGCAGCAAAUCCAAGAUCCCCUGGAGUCAGCAAUACAGAGACUAGCUAUUACAGGAGUAUUUUACAUAGAACUAUAUUUCCUGGUACUCAGAUUGUUUUGUCUCAAGCACCAGCAAAUUUUCUAUCAAUUUUACUGGGGGAACUCAGGCCAACACUAAGUUGUUACUACCAGAUCUCAUCUCCGUUCACUCACAGACAAAAUAGGCCAGAUCCUUCCCCACACUUCGGAUAUGAUAAAUUUGCAUUUUCUCCUUCAACCUCACCAUCACAAUCUGACUGGUUAAAAAUGGCAACAGCGGCAGGGGGAGACAGACAAACCAGCCGCUCAAGUGGCGACCAGUCUAUCUUCCCAGCUCUGUGCACAGGGCAUCUUCUAUGACAAGCAUCAGUGGGACUGACACGUAGUUCCAUGCAAUUCAGGAAGAAGCUUGGAAACAGCAGCUUGGAAGCCUAGCAGCUCAUGUGUUUGGUCACAGCAAACCUUGGUUGCUAGACCCCUUCACUGCUUGCUUGCAAGUUUCUUGAAAGGGAGGACAGAGGAGCCGGAUUGUCAGCAAGGCUGCCCGAAUGGGCCGACAGGCAGCCAUGCACAGGCCACCCUGCAGCCUUCCACAGCAUUGCACUACACAAGCAGCAGAACAUGCUUUCUUGAAGAUCUGCUAGAAACUGAGGCAUAUCUGAAGAAUAACUGGUAUCAGGCUCGUUAUUCAGGAAUACCUGCAAUAACCUUUCAGCCUUGGGAAAAAUUCAAGACUUCAAAACAGAAUGACUUCAGAACAUCUGCCUUAGUCAUUAUUCACUCUUCCAGGAGAAUUACAUUACUAGAUCUCUUCUGCAAAUUGAUAGCUAACCAUUUACUAUUAUCUAUUCUAGCUGUUCCUGUGCUGUUCUUUUAGGUUAUUUCAUCUUAAACCACACUACAAUACUUUACUAAUUAUCUCUUCCUCAGCUAAAGCGUAUUCCCCCUUUAGUUUGGACGUUGGCUGAAACAAGAUCAUAACCCCAAGCCAGCCAGGGCAAGGGAAGGAAGAGGAAAGUAGUAACAGCCAUGUUUUCAUUGUUUGUUGGUAUUUGUACUGUAUUGUAUUCUCUGGAAGCACAUGGAAAUGAUAGAAAAGUGUUCAAUUACUUUUUAAAAAAAAUCCAACUGUAUUCUGCAAAUAAAAGGCAGCUACUUCAGGCAUAGCUGCCAAUUCAUUAUA